UGCGGUGGUCAACGCGCUGACCUUCGUUCCUGCACCGCCCAGACCAGGGCGAACCAAUGACUGUAGAGAUAUGGGGCACGUGACGAGGGCGGGCCCGCCGCCGGAAGGGGCGGGGCGAGGCGACCGGCCUGGUCCCGCGAUAUGGAUCAAAAACUUUCAGAGUUGGUAGAAGAGCUCACAACUUCCGGAGAACCCCAACUGAAUCCUGAGAAAAUGAAGGAACUGAAAAAAAUUUGCAAGUAUGUCUUAAGGUCUUCAGAUGAACAGCUUGGCCACGCCUACCAUCUGCUGAAGGCCCAGCUGAGCCAGGAACACGCCGAGAUCCGUCUCUCCGCCUUCCAGAUUGUAGACGAGCUCUUCGCCAGGUCCCACCAGUUCCGGGUGCUGGUCAUCUCCGACUUCCAGGAGUUCCUGGAGCUCACCCUGGGCACCGACCACGAGCAUCCCCUGCCGCCCCCCAGGGAGGUGGCCCAGAGGCUGAGGCAGGCCACCACCCGGGCCGUCCAGGCGUGGAACGAGAAGUACGGCUCGGCCUACAAGAAGCUCGCCUUGGGCUACCACUUCCUGAGACACAACAAGCAGGUGGAUUUUCAAGAUGUGAAUGCUCGGACUCUGGCAGAGAGAAAGCGAGAAGAGGAGAAGCAGAAGCGUUUGGAUAAAAUCUACAGGGAAAGGUCUGAGCGGGCAGCGAAGCAGAUGGAGGAAAUGUCCGAGGAGAUCCGGCGCUGCCUCACGGAGGUGGAGAGCUGCUUCAGGCUGCUGCUGCCUUUUGACCUGACCCCGAGCCCGGGGGCUGCCGUGCCCGCUGCUGCCUCCAAUGUGUCUGCGGAGGGCAGACCCCACCAGGCUGCCGCCCCCAACCACGAGGACGAGGAGCAGCCCUGCUGCAGCAAGACCUUGCCCACCUGUGCGCGCCACCCAGGAGCCACCGGCAGGGAGGGGCCGCCCUCAGAGGACGAGGACGAGGAUGAGGACAGCGACCAGGAAGGGUUUGUGCGGCGCCACGGGCUGGGCUCCCACAAGUACACGCUGGACGUGGAGCUCUCCUCAGACAGCCUGCGGGUGCGGGAGGACGAGGACAACUGCGCCGUCAUCCACUCGGCCCGGGACGCGCUCAAGCUAAUUCGGAACAAGUUCCUGCCCGUCGUGUGCUCCUGGGUCCAGCUGUUCACCCGCGCAGGCGUCCACGGCGGACACUUGGAGGGCGCCAUUGACCUGAAGACGGAAUUGGAAACUGCCCUGAGGAGAUCCCAGGAGCUGGACAUCGAGCCCGAGGGGGCGCACAGGAGGGAGACGGCAGCCCCGGGGGACGAGGAUGAGGACGAGGACGACGAGGACUUUGUGGAGGUCCCAGAGAAGGAGGGGUACGAGGCCUGCAUCCCUGACCACCUGCGGCCCGAGUAUGGGCUAGAGAAGGACCCAGCAGCGCGGGACUUGGAAGCGAGGAAGAGGACGAGGAGGGAUGAGGAAGCGUGCGACCCCACCUCUGCUGCCGCCCAGCUGCAUCAUCUCCAGGGCCGCUUGCCCUCGUCCCUGCCCCCAAGCCCCAGGACACCACUGGGACCAGAGGAGGCUGCGAAGCUGGCGGCAGAGCGGGCCCGGGCACCUGUUGUGCCCUUUGGGGUGGACCUGUGCUACUGGGGCCAGGAGCAGCCGACGGCUGGCAAGAUCUUCAAAUCUGACUCUGAGCAUCGCUUCUGGAAGCCCAGCGAGGUGGAGGAGGAGGUGGACAACGCCGAUGUCUCGGAGACGCUCCGGAGCCGCCGCAUCACCUUCGCGGGGCGAUUUGAGCCGGUGCAGCACCGGUGCCGCGCCCCGAGGCCCGACGGCCGGCUCUGUGAGCGCCAGGACCGGCUGAAGUGCCCUUUCCACGGGAAGAUCAUCCCGAGAGACAAUGCGGGACGGCCCCUCAACCCAGAGGACAGGGCCCGGGAGCAGAGGCAGCAGCUGCAGAGGACGGCAGGACGCUCAGACUGGCAGGACCCGGAGUUUAUGAGGGACGUGGAGGCGGCCACGGGUGUGGACCUCGGCGCAUCCAGGGCCAGCGGGAGAGGCAAAGGCAAGAGGAAGAAGCACCCUGGCCUCACCGACCUGAAGCGGCAGGCUGACACCGCCCGUGCGCGCAUCUCCAAGAAAGUCUUCGCCAAGGCAGCCGUGCAGAGGGUGGUGACGGCCAUGAACCAGAUGGAUCAGAAGAAGCACGAGAAGUUUGCAAACCAGUUUAACUAUGCACUGAAUUAGAGGGCUGGGCCAGGUGUGCUGUGGGCCCCUCUGGUCGUCCCCUUCUCGUCUCCCUCCACCAGCGCACUAGGAUGGGAGAGCAGACGCAGGUGUAGGCAGUAACCAUGGCCACCAUGGUUGCUUAUAUUUAAUUCAAGGAAAUGGUGCAUAUUCUAAUUAAAAUUCCCCAGAGGUAUGGACUCUCCUUGCUGGGGCUGGCCAUUGUCAUCUAGGGUACAGGUCUGGCCUGCCUCAGAGGCCCUUGGAGCCUGGGUGUUGAAUGGGGCAGCCGUGUCCACAGUGGGGUGUCCGUGUGUUUUGUGAUGUGGUUCAGAGUCGAGGGAAUGUAUACACGGCUCAGCACUUGGAGCGUGUGUGUGGCCCCCACACCCUAUUUUCCGCCUCCUCCCCAGGGGCAGCCACUCGAGGAGCUUGAGGACACCCACAUGUUUCUGUACUUCCUGUUUUUAACCCAAACACAAAGGGAAGUGGACCCCCCACACUGUCGCGCCUGCAUUUCCAGCUCCUGGAACAUGUUGGUGACGAGAGCAUGUCCGACGGCAGAGAAGGCCCUUGCUCUGCGUUUUCCACUCACUUUAUUGAGAUGUAACUGAGUACGUGACAGCCGCCUGCUUUAGGCGUCCAGCCCGCGGGCAUUGGUGCGUUCGCAGUGCCGUGCGCCCCCAUGGCUGUCCGGUCUAGAACCUGUCAUCCCCGCCCCCCCCCCCCCCCCCCCCCCCCCCCCCCGCAGUCUCCCCCUGGCCUCCAGGUCUACCGUGUCUUUCUGGACGUUUUGUAUGGAUGGAAUCAUGACAGCACGUGGCCUUUUGUGUCUGGCUUCUUUCACUCAGCACAGUGUUUCCAAGGUUCGUUUGUGCUGGAGAAUGUGCCAGAACUUCCUUCCUCGUUGCCCAACAAGACUCCAUGUGUGGACAUCCCACUCUUGAUGUGUAGAUGUGGACAUUUGGGUUGUUUGCACUCUUGGCUGUCAUGAGGAGGGUUGCUACAAACGCUUGCAUCCAAGUCUUUGUGUGGGCGUAUGUUUUAUCUCUAGGAGUGGAAUUCCUGGGUCGUGUGGUAAUGCUGCGUUUACCCUUCUGAGGAGCUGUGGAUCUGUCUCCCACAGUGGCCUUACCACCUUAUGUUCCCACCAGCUGUGCCUGGGGUUCCAGUCUCCAUGUUCUUGCCAACACUUGUUACUACCUUUUUUUUGGUGAGGAAAAUUGUCACUGAGCUAGCAUCUGUACCAAUCUUCCUCUAUCUUAUGUGGGAUGCCUCCACAGCUUGGCUUGACAAGUGGUGCUAGG